AUGAAGUGGGUGACUGCACUAAUAGCGCUUUCGCUUAUAUUUUUGUUUUCAGUUGUUAUAUACAGAGCUAAACUGGAAGAAACUUUUACUCGAGUCAGUGAGAGGCACGGGCGGAAUGAUUUCUACGAACACAAGAUGAUGAUGACGACUGGAAAUUGGGACAACAAGGUCUUUAAGUGCAAGAAAAUCCCUCAGUAUCUCGGAAACACGACAUGCUCUGACGAUGAGGUUUUCGAGAUUACAAACCCUGGAUUGAUAUCCCGGAUAUGGAACUUUACAGUGUCAGUAAUGACCCAGGUGCAGGACGGUACGUUGGAAAUGACCUCAGGGAUGUGGAAGAAAUGCAUUCUGGUCUCAAGGGUAGUGAUUGGGAAAGGGUGGAAUGGACCAGAGUACAUCUGGAUUGGAAUGGUUAAUUGGACACAGGAAAAAUUCGCACGGUUGUCAGACUUCACGUGGAACGGAGCAAGGUGGCUUGGAAAAUUGUUGUGGAACUGUGCUAAGUGGUUUGCUGGAGUUACUUGGAAUGGAUUUCGGCGGUUAGCUGAGUUUAUCUGGAGCGAACUUCAGUGGUUGGUAGAUUUUACCAUAAAUGCAACAUAUUCGUUUGCCGAGAUGGUCCAGAAUAAGUCAGCUGAGCUGACCGAGAUAAUGAUUAACGGAGUGAUGUGGAUCGUUGAACCAUUUGUGCCUGUCGUCCACUAUGUCACUGAUGUUACUGUAGAGUUUUAUUUUGGUUCCCUGCAUGGUAAGUAA